CGCGAGCCCAUUCAUCUGUGCACUUGGGCGUUGGACCCCGCAUCUUAUUAGCAACCAGGGAGAUUUCUCCAUUUUCCUCUUGUCUACAGUGCGGCUACAAAUCUGGGAUUUUUUUAUUACUUCUUUUUUUAAAAAACUACACUUGGGCUCCUUUUUUUGUGCUCGACUUUUCCACCCUUUUUCCCUCCCUCCUGCGCUGCUGCUUUUUGAUCUCUUCGACUAAAAUUUUUUUAUCCGGAGUGUAUUUAAUCGGUUCUGUUCUGUCCUCUUCACCACCCCCACUCCCCCCUCCCUCCGGUGUGUGUGCCGCUGCUGCUGCCGCCGCUGCUGCUGCCGCCGCUGCUGCUUGCCCCGUCGUUACACCAACCCGAAGCUCUUUGUUCCCCCCUUGGAUCUGUUGAGUUUCUUUGUUGAAGAAGCCAGCAUGGGUGCCCAAUUCUCCAAGACCGCUGCGAAGGGAGAAGCCGCCGCGGAGAGGCCUGGGGAGGCGGCUGUGGCCUCGUCGCCUUCUAAAGCGAAUGGGCAGGAAAAUGGCCACGUGAAGGUAAACGGCGACGCUUCUCCCGCGGCCGCCGAGCCCGGCGCCAAGGAGGAGCUGCAGGCUAACGGCAGCGCCCCGGCCGCCGACAAGGAGGAGCCCGCGGCCGCCGGGAGCGGGGCGGCGUCGCCCGCCGCGGCCGAGAAAGAUGAGCUGGCCGCCGCCGCCCCCGAGGCCGGGGCCAGCCCUGCGGAGAAGGAGGCCCCCGCGGAGGGCGAGGCCGCCGAGCCCGGCUCGCCCUCGGCCGCGGAGGGGGAGGCCGCCUCAGCCGCCUCCUCGACGUCUUCGCCCAAGGCCGAGGACGGGGCCACGCCCUCGCCCAGCAACGAGACCCCGAAAAAAAAAAAGAAGCGCUUUUCCUUCAAGAAGUCUUUCAAGCUGAGCGGCUUCUCCUUCAAGAAGAACAAGAAGGAAGCGGGAGAGGGCGGUGAAGCCGAAGGCACCGCCGGCGCCUCCGCCGAAGGCGGCAAGGACGAGGCCGCCGGGGGCGCCGCUGCGGCCGCCGGCGAGGCUGCGGGCGCGGCCUCCGGGGAGCCGGCGGCGGCGCCGAGCGAGGAGGCGGCCGCGGGCGAGCAGGGGGCGGCUGGGGGCGACCCGCAGGAGGCCAAGCCCGAGGAGGCCGCCGUCGCGCCCGAGAAGCCGUCCGCUAGCGAGGAGGCCAAGGCGGCCGAGGAGCCCAGCAAGGCCGAGGAGAAGACCGAGGAGGCCGGGGCCAGCGCGGCCACCUGCGAGGCGCCCUCGGCCGCGGGGCCCGGCGCGCCCCCGGAGCAGGAGGCGGCGCCCGCGGAGGAGGCGGCGGCCGCCGCGGCGUCGUCAGCCUGCGCAGCUCCCACACAGGAGGCCCAGCCCGAGUGCAGUCCAGAAGCCCCCCCAGCGGAGGCGGCAGAGUAAAAGGGCAAGAUUUUUUGAGAUAAUCGAAGAACUUUUCUCCCCCCCGUUUGUUUGUUGGAGUGGUGCCAGGUACUGGUUUUGGAGAACUUGUCUACAACCAGGGAUUGAUUUUAAAGAUGUCUUUUCUUAUUUUACUUUUUUUUAAGCAGCAAAUUUUGUUUUUAACCACCUACCCACAGAUCCCAUCUCAGAUCAUUCUGUUACCACCAUUCCAACAGGUCGAGGAGAGCUUAGUUACCUUCCUCUGCCUUGUUUCUCUUUUAUUUUUAUUUUUUGCAUCAGUAUUAAUGUUUUUUGCAUACUUUGCAUCUUUAUUCAAAAAUGUAAACUUUCUUUGUCAAUCGAUGGACAUGCCCAUAUAUGAAGGAGAUGGGUGGGUCAAAAAGGGAUAUCCGAUGAAGUGAUAGGAGCCACGAUGGAGAAAUUUAGUGGUGCAUAACAUUGCCAAGAUAAUGUACCACUAGAAAGGAUGGUGUAAAGGCUUAGUCUUUUUUUUUUUUUUUUUUAAAGAAAAGUUAUUACGAUGUAUUUUGUGAGGCAGGUUUACAACACUACAAGUCUUGAUUAAGAAGGAAAGAGAAAAAAAAAAAAACACCAAUACCCAGAUUUUUAAAAAGAUCAUAGUCUUAGGAGUUCAUUUAAACCAUAGGAACUUUUCACUUAUCUCAUGUUAGCU